AGUGAUCGUCUUCUGAUUAAAGGAGGCAGAAUAGUCAACGAUGACCAGUCCUUCUACGCUGACAUUUACAUGGAGGAUGGUCUCAUAAAGCAAAUAGGAGACAAUCUGAUUGUCCCUGGAGGAGUUAAAACCAUAGAAGCCAAUGGGAAGAUGGUGAUCCCCGGAGGUAUCGAUGUCCACACUCACUUGCAGAUGCCAUACAAGGGAAUGACAGCUGUGGAUGAUUUCUUCCAAGGGACCAAAGCAGCCUUGGCUGGUGGAACCACCAUGAUCAUGGACCAUGUCAUCCCUGAGCCGGAGUCCAGCCUGACAGAAGUCUACGAGAAGUGGCGAGAGUGGGGUGACGGGAAGGCCUGCUGUGACUAUUCCCUGCACGUGGAUGUCACCCACUGGAAUGACAGUGUCAAACAAGAAGUGCAGACACUCAUCAAAGAGAAAGGAGUUAACUCCUUCAUGGUUUACAUGGCCUACAAGGAUUUAUACCAGAUGUCAAACACAGAGCUGUAUGAAAUUUUUAGCUGCUUGGGAGAGCUGGGGGCAGUAGCUCAAGUUCAUGCCGAAAAUGGGGAUAUCAUUGCACAGGAGCAAACUAGGAUGCUGGAGAUGGGAAUAACUGGCCCAGAAGGCCAUGUGCUGAGUAGACCAGAGGAGCUGGAAGCUGAAGCUGUUUUCCGUGCCAUCACCAUUGCUAGCCAGACCAACUGUCCUCUCUAUGUGACCAAAGUGAUGAGCAAGAGCGCUGCAGACCUCAUCUCACAAGCCAGGAAAAAAGGUAAUGUGGUGUUUGGUGAGCCUAUCACAGCCAGUCUUGGAACGGAUGGGACACACUACUGGAGCAAAAACUGGGCCAAGGCUGCUGCAUUUGUGACCUCCCCACCCCUGAGUCCAGAUCCAACAACUCCUGACUACAUCAACUCCUUACUGGCCAGUGGGGACCUGCAGGUUUCAGGAAGUGCUCAUUGUACAUUCAGCACUGCACAGAAGGCAAUUGGAAAAGACAACUUCACAGCAAUCCCUGAAGGGACAAAUGGCAUUGAGGAGCGGAUGUCUGUUAUCUGGGAUAAGGCAGUGGCAACUGGGAAGAUGGAUGAAAACCAGUUUGUGGCAGUGACGAGCACCAACGCAGCCAAGAUCUUCAACCUAUACCCACGGAAAGGGAGAAUAGCAGUGGGGUCGGACAGCGACCUGGUCAUAUGGGAUCCUGAUGCAGUGAAGAUUGUCACUGCUAAAAGCCACCAAUCAGCAGCUGAAUACAACAUCUUCGAAGGGAUGGAGCUGCAUGGCGUCCCGUUGGUUGUCAUAUGCCAAGGAAAGAUCAUGUUGGAGGAUGGCAACCUGCAUGUGACACAGGGGACUGGGCGCUUCAUCCCCUGCAGUCCUUUCCCAGACUAUGUCUACAAACGCAUUAAAGCCAGGAGGAAGAUGGCCGAGAUGCAUGCUGUACCCAGGGGCAUGUAUGACGGGCCUGUGUUCGACCUGGCCGCCACACCUAAAGGGGGAACCCCUGCAGGCUCCACCAAGGGAUCCCCCACCCGACAGACUCCUCCGGUCAGGAAUCUCCAUCAGUCUGGAUUUAGUCUGUCAGGUACCCAGGUUGAUGAGGGUGUGCGUUCAGCAAGCAAACGCAUUGUAGCACCCCCUGGAGGCCGCUCCAAUAUAACUUCCUUGAGUUAAGCACCCAAGGCAGGAAGGAAAAUCCAUAUUCAAGAGAAGGAAGAAAAAAAAAAAAGGUACCUUGGUAUUUAAGAAGGAAAAACAAAUGGAAACCAUUCAGAUCCGAAGAAUCAAUAAGCCUCAAGCCUUAUGUUUCACGAAUGCUACUCGCUACCUAGCUUUAAAGAUAUUGCUUUGGGGUUUUUUUGUUUAUGCAUAGCCUUAAUUUUUUGUUGUUGUUGUUUUCAUUUUUACAUGCAUGCAAAUCAGACCGGUCACUAAGUUAAGAGUCUGUAAUAUACAUGUUGAACAAAUG